AUGGGUAUUUCUUCAGUAAGAGACCUCAUUCUGGAUUAUUACAGAGAGUUUAGGCAGAGAGUUUCAACAGGUUCAAUAACAUCUGAGUGGCACAGAUUAGAGGUGGGAAUCAUCACAGGUUGCACUAUCUCAGUGAUCCUGUUUGCCCUGGCUAUGAACAUGUUGGUUAAAUCGGUUAAGCCAGAGUGUAGAGGCCCUAAAUCUAGGUCCGGGAUUCAGCAACCGCCAAUCCUUGCCUUCAUGGAUGACCUGACAGUGAUCACUGAGUCUGUGCCUGUAGGAAGAUGGAUCUUAAACGGGCUGGAAAAACUGGUGAGUUGGGCAAGCAUGUCAUUUAACCCAUCAAAGUCAAGGUCCUUGGUUUUGAAGAGAGGCAAAGUGGUUGAUAAGUUCAGGUUUUUGAUCUCAGAAACACCAAUCCCCACCAUUUUAGAAAAGCCUGUGAACAGCCUUGGGAAGUGGCCACUGCUCCUCUAUGAGUUCCCAAUCUCCACCAUAGACCUGGAGAAGAAAGUCAGCCGCUACUUGAGAAGAUGGUUGGACCUACCACAGAGCUUAAGUAACAUCGCCCUCUAUGGAAACACCUGCAAGCUGUCACUCCCCCUUAAAUCCAUUGAGGAAGAGUUCAAAGUCUUGCGCAUGAGAGAGAUGUUGCAGUUUCGGGAAUCAAAAGACCCAAAGGUCUCAGGGGCAGGGGUUGCAGUUAAGACUGGCAGGAAGUGGAGAGCAGAGGUUGCAGUGGAGCAGGCAGAAUCCCAUUUACGGCAUGGAGUCUUGGUGGGGACAGUGGCCAGAGGAAGAGCCAGGCUAGGAGCCAUUCCAUUCCCCCGCUACGAUAGGGUACUGGAAAAGGAGCGAAGGCAACUGGUCCAGGAUGAAGUGAGAGCAGCUGUAGAGGAAGAGAGGUCCAGCAGAGCAGUGGGGAUGAGACAGCAAGGUGCCUGGACUAGAUGGGAAAAAGCUAGCAGAGCCACUCCGCAUCAAGUUCCUUGUCCAGGCUGUCUAUGA